UACCUUUCAUUUAAAACAAAAAACCCCACUCACACCUCUCUCUCUCUCUCUUCUCCCUCUGCAAAAACCCUAACUUUUCCUCCGAUUUCGCCUUCUUCAAUCUCCAUCCCAGCCAUUUCGCUUACCAAGCACAAACCCAGCUCGGGACUUUCAACGAUUGGAAGAAGAAGAAGCCGAAUCAUGGAAACGAACCCCUAAAAAUCGAAGCUUUGACUGAUCUACAGUAGUUUCCAAAUUUGGAAAAAAUGUACAAGAAUCAGCUGCAGGAGCUUGCGCAGAGGAGCUGCUUCAAUCUCCCUUCGUACACUUGCCUAAGAGAAGGUCCAGACCACGCGCCGCGGUUCAAGGCCACCGUUAACUUCAACGGCGAGAUCUUCGAGAGUCCUCACUACUGUUCCACUCUCCGUCAGGCCGAGCACUCCGCCGCUGAAGUCGCUCUCGCUGCCCUCUCUAAUCGCGGCCCUUCUCACUCCCUCGCCGCCAGGAUCUUGGAUGAGACGGGUGUGUACAAGAACCUCUUGCAAGAAAUAGCUCAAAGAGUGGGAGCUCCUCUGCCGCGUUACACCACCUUCAGGUCUGGUCUUGGGCACCAGCCUGUCUUUACUGGCACUGUGGAGUUAGCUGGCAUCACGUUCACAGGAGAUCAGGCUAAGAACAAGAAGCAAGCAGAGAAGAACGCUGCUAUGGCUGCUUGGUCUUCCCUUAAACAAUUGGCGAAAGAAACUUCAAGCGCAAUGCCUGAGAGUGAGAACAUUGACGAGCUAGAGCAGGUGAUUAUAGCAAGAGCCUUGAUAAACUAUCGUAUUAAGGAAAAUAUUGGGACGGGAAGCUCCUCGAGUGCGCCGGUUCCGUUUGCGAAGAGGUUCUUCAUGCAGAGCCCUAGACCAACGAGUCCACAGCCUUGUCGUGCAGCCACGUCGAGAAUCUUGCCUUUUAUUUGCCCGCAGCCUUUUUCUAGAGGCAGAUCAGUAUCAUCAGCUUCUGUUGAAAGAGCCAUAGCGUCCGCUUUGGAGAACCGCAACUACCGACCUCAGCAGAGAUUUGCAACUCCUGGAACAGCACCUCCUUAUGUUCCUAUGAGGCAUUUAAGAUCGACUUGCCACCGUGGGAUGGCUCCACCGGUGACGAUGAGAACCUCUGUACCGGUCUUCUCUGCACCACCUCCAAGGCCUCCUCCACAUUCUGCAAACACUCAGCAGCAGCUACCUUCUGUGUAUGUCCCAUCCAUGAUGCGUGCUGCGCCCGUGAGAAUCGCGCCACCUGUCACAAUCAGAACGGCUGCGCCUGUGUUUGCUUCGGUUAGAAAGGAGGAAGGGCCUUUGCCUGUUAGAAAAGUGAAUAUCCAAAACCCUCCUAAGUCCAUGACUAGAGUAGAUGAAACGAAGGUUCAAGAAAAAGAGGAAAGAACAACUCUUGUCUUGCCUGAUAGUCUUGAAAUUGAAGAAGAAGGAGGUGCAAAACCAGUUUCAAAGAGUGCAAAGGAAACAGAGAGAUAGCGACUGGAGAAUCUCAAGAUCUGAUAGUGUAUCUGCAAGAUUGUAACGUUAGUAAUGACAAGGAUUUGUAUUAUAUAUUGUUGGGAGUUUUGUGGCUUGUCGAUCUUUGGAUUCCAGAUUUGUAAUCUGUCUCACUUCCUUAUUAAGUCUGUUUGUGUCCCUUCUUUUUAUGUUGUUGUUUUCACUUUUCUGAUAAAUCAUCUAGUCGUUACAGAUGCAUCAA